UUCUGGUCAAGACGUCCAAGGGACAAGCGUGGUUGCAAAUCUUCCAGUCCUGAUGCGACAGAAUCCUACAGAGACGCUGAGGAGAGUCUUGCCAAAAGUUCGAGAAGUUCUGCCUGUUGCAAGUGUGGAAAUGCAGUUAACAGCAGCUGUUUCUCUUUUGACAAUUCUUCAAGAAGAAUCAAUAUCCAUCCAUACUUAUUCUCACUCAUUCUUACAACUCAUUCUACAGAAUCUGGAGCAUAGAGAUGCAGGUGUCAGUAAUGCUUGGCUGGACACACUUCUUGCUGCAAUAGAAGCUCUUCCAAAAGAAACUAUUAGACAUGAGAUCCUGAAUCCUCUUGUUUCCAAGGCACAGCUUUCCCAAACGCUUCAGUCUCGCCUGGUUAGUUGUAAAAUCUUGGGGAAAUUAGCUAACAAGUUUGAAGCUCAUAUCAUUAAAAGAGAAAUCCUUCCCUUGGUAAAAUCUCUUUGCCAGGAUGUAGAAUAUGAAGUUCGUUCCUACAUGUGCCGGCAGCUAGAACUAAUUGCUCAAGGAAUAGGAACGGAACUAACAAAAAAUGUAGUGCUUCCAGAGCUAGUAGAAUUAGCAAGGGAUGAAGGCAGCAGUGUACGUCUUGCAGCUUUUGAAACUUUGGUAAAUCUCUUAGAAAUGUUUGAUGCAGAUGACAGAAGUCAAACUGUUCUCCCAUUAGUGAAAUCAUUCUGUGAAAAGUCCUUUAAAGCAGAUGAAUCUAUUCUGGUUUCAUUAUCUUUUCAUUUAGGGAAGCUUUGUAAUGGACUAUAUGGAAUUUUUACACCAGAGCAGCAUUUGCGAUUUUUGGAGUUCUAUAAGAAGCUUUGUACACUGGGAUUAGAACAGGAAAAUGGGCACAAUGACAACCAGAUUCAGCUGCAAACCCUAGAACAGGAAAAGAAAUACAUAUCAGUGAGGAAGAACUGUGCUUACAAUUUACCUGCCAUGAUGAUUUUUGUGGAUCCCAAAAAUUUCAAUUUGGAACUGUAUUCUACAUUCUUCUGUUUCUGUCAUGAUCCUGAAGUACCAGUUAGACAUACUAUGGCUGGUAGCUUCUAUGAAGUUGCCAAGCUUUUAAAUACUGAUGUGUAUAUAAUACAUAAAGAACUGAUAGCCCUAUUGCAGGAUGAAUCAGUAGAGGUGAUAGAUGCAUUAAUAAAUCACCUUCCAGAAAUUCUCGAACUUCUGUCUACUGGAGGAGAAAACAGUGGAUCAGAGAACAAGCUUUUAAAUUUUCCAGAGUUAAUUCCAGCACUAACAAGAGCUGAACAGAGGGCAGCAACCUCUUUAAAAUGGAGGACACAUGAAAAACUACUACAAAAAUAUGCCUGCUUGCCUCAUAUCAUCUCAAGUGAUCAGAUUUAUUACCGCUUUUUGCACAGAAUGCUGACAAUCAUUAUGACAAAUAAUGUCCUACCUGUCCAAAGAGCAGCUGCUCGAACACUGUGUAUAUACUUACGAUAUAAUCGUAAGCAAGAACAGAGAUAUGAGGUCAUCCAGAAAUUGAUUGAACAACUGGGCCAAGGAAAAAGCUAUUGGAACAGAUUACGUUUUUUAGAUACCUGUGAAUUCAUCAUAGAACUCUUUUCCAAAUCAUUUUUCUGUGAAUACUUCUUUCUUCCUGUGCUUGAACUUACACAUGAUCCAGUAGCAAAUGUGAGAAUGAAGCUUUGUUAUUUAUUACCAAAAGUGAAGUCAACCCUCAAGGUUCCCACAGACAAACAUUUACUGCAGCAGCUAGAAAUGAGCGUAAGAAAACUUCUUUGUGAGGAAAAAGAUAAAGACGUCUUGAACAUUGUUAAAAAAAUGGUAUUAGAACUUGACAGAAUGGAUACCUCUUUAGAUGUUUUUCAGAAGAGGUUUUAUGAAAAUGACCUAUUGGAUCAGCAGAAAGAAAGAGAGGAACAACUUCUUUUGGAAAUGGAACAAUUAGAAAAAGAGAAACAGCAAAAUGAGAGCAGGUCUACAAAUAUGAGUGAUAAAAUUUAUGAAAAGAAGCGUAGAGACAGUAAAGGAGCAUCAACUUUGGCCAAAACUAUCCCAAUGUCUGUUUCUGGAAACCCUUCAGGCGCUUCAGCAAGCAAAGAAGUAAAAAAGUCUAAAUUGGUUCGAAGCCAAUCUUUCAGUAGUCAAGCAUUGCAGUCAAAAUAUGGCAACAUUGACAAAUGCCCCAGCAAAAGUUCUUCUUUAGGCUAUACUUCUGUGUCAGGAGUAGCAAAGAAUUCUAUGUUCUCAUUUACUGAUGAUUCCUUCCGAACUCGUCCCACCAAUGUCAGUGGCACUGCUGCUUUUAACUCUACUUCCACCUUACCAUCUUCUUCUCGUAACACAAAUAACACAGUUGAUCAAAAAAGCAAUGGGAAUAAAGAGAGCCAUUCACGGAAGGUUAGCUUGAAAAACAGAAAAUCAAACUCCUAGAGCUGGUGAAAAAAAGCAUGCACACCAAAGACCACCGGAGGCAAUGUGGCUGAAGUCAGGAUUGAACAAAGCUAGAGUACAACCUUGAAUUUAAGGACCAGGAAGGAGGGAUUGAUUUGAUACCAUAAUGUUAACAUCUUCUGUCAGUUAAAUAAAUUCCUAUGUUGUAAAAUAUCUUCAUAGAAAUAAUGUAAUAUGUGCAGAAUGCCAAUGUUGUAAGUGAAGUGCUUAAUUCAACGUUACUUUAGCAAUGUGCUUUAAAUCUGCUGCAGCUAAAGAGACAGGGUUUCCCUACUUCCCCCCCUCUCAAUUAUGCCUUCUACUAGUUCAGGUUAUUCAGUUUGGAAUGAAAGUGCCCUCUACUUUAAAAUAUAGCUAUUUACAAGCUUAUGGACUCCUAAUUUGCCUUUGCUAUGGAAAUAGGGCCAUAUGUGUGAAAUUGCUCUGCGUAUAAGAAUUAACAGAACAAGUGACACUUUCUCUUACAAAAAAGCUUUUAAGAAGCUUCAGUGUGGAAUCUGGAAGCAUGAACAGAGAAAUGUGGAGAAGUGUAGUCCUUUAAAAUAAACUUCUGCUAUAAUUUUAGAUAAUAUUGCUUAUCUGGUGUAUAAAAUGUCAAGAGGAUUUCUUUUCACUUUUUAAUAAGAAACAGAUACCUCCAAAUAGCAUAUGAAUGAUUUCUUAAAUUUCACAUUGCAAUUUUAUUGUACAAAUACUUUGUUUUAAUUUACCAGUAUAUCCUAUUGUAGUUUCUCUUUAUCCAACAUUUUAGAGAUGAUUAAUCUAGUUUUUAAUUAGUAGUUAAUUCAAGCCAUCAUGCUUUUAGCUAUAUCAACAUCAUUCUGUUUGUAUUCAUGCUAACAUUCCUAUCAAAAUUUGCCUGCAAAGUGCAGUUCUAUUUAAAACAUUCAAUUUAUGCCAAUACUUGAGAGAGACUGUAUGAAGCUAUUGUCAGCUUCUCUACUUCACAAAUGCAAUCAGCAAAACUAUAUUGAUAUCAGACUAUCUGUUUUUUUAAAUAUGUUGGUGUAUGAUAAAGAUAAUCUAAUUUGUGAAUGAAUAAA